AUGUUUCAACGGUUUUGUCUCUGGAAACGUUUGGCUUCAGCGAUCAUUCUUGGCUGUCUCUUCCCAAUCUGUGUGGGCCAGUAUGAUGAUGACUGGCAAUAUGAGGAUUGCAAACUAGCUAGAGGAGGACCACCAGCUACCAUAGUUGCUAUAGAUGAAGAAAGUCGGAAUGGUACAAUUCUGGUGGACAACAUGCUGAUCAAAGGGACUGCUGGAGGACCAGACCCCACCAUAGAACUCUCUUUAAAGGACAACGUGGACUACUGGGUGUUGUUGGAUCCUGUUAAACAGAUGCUUUUCCUCAACAGCACCGGCAGAGUUCUGGAUAGAGAUCCACCAAUGAAUAUACACUCCAUUGUAGUGCAAGUCCAGUGCAUCAACAAAAAAGUGGGCACAGUCAUCUACCAUGAAGUGCGGAUUGUGGUGAGAGACAGAAAUGACAAUUCCCCCACGUUCAAGCACGAAAGCUACUAUGCUACAGUGAAUGAGCUUACCCCAGUUGGCACCACAAUAUUUACAGGAUUUUCAGGAGACAAUGGAGCUACUGACAUAGAUGAUGGCCCGAAUGGACAGAUAGAAUACGUUAUUCAAUAUAAUCCAGAUGAUCCGACAUCCAAUGACACCUUUGAAAUUCCCCUCAUGUUGACUGGAAAUGUAGUGUUGAGAAAAAGGCUCAACUAUGAAGAUAAGACUCGUUACUUUGUGAUUGUCCAAGCCAAUGACCGUGCACAAAAUCUGAACGAGCGGCGAACGACCACAACCACCCUCACCGUGGAUGUUCUGGACGGCGAUGACUUGGGUCCCAUGUUCCUUCCCUGCGUCCUUGUGCCAAACACUCGGGAUUGUCGUCCACUCACCUAUCAGGCUUCCAUUCCUGAGUUAAGAACUCCGGAAGAACUGAACCCCAUUGUUGUUACCCCACCAGUCCAAGCCAUUGAUCAGGACCGGAAUAUUCAGCCACCAUCAGAUAGGCCAGGAAUCCUGUAUUCCAUCCUUGUUGGGACUCCUGAGGAUUACCCUCGAUUUUUCCACAUGCAUCCGAGGACUGCAGAACUCAGUCUCCUGGAGCCAGUGAACAGAGACUUUCAUCAGAAAUUUGAUUUAGUUAUUAAGGCCGAACAGGACAAUGGCCAUCCUCUUCCUGCCUUUGCCAGUCUGCAUAUUGAAAUACUUGAUGAAAACAAUCAGAGCCCGUACUUCACAAUGCCCAGUUAUCAAGGUUAUAUCCUGGAAUCUGCCCCAGUGGGAGCAACCAUUUCUGACAGUCUAAAUUUGACCAGUCCUCUAAGAAUUGUAGCUCUGGACAAAGACAUUGAAGAUACGAAAGACCCAGAGCUUCACCUUUUUCUGAAUGAUUACACCUCCGUGUUCACGGUUACACAGACGGGCAUCACUCGCUACCUCACCUUACUUCAGCCAGUGGACAGGGAAGAGCAGCAGACGUACACCUUUUCGAUAACAGCAUUUGAUGGCGUACAGGAAAGCGAUCCAGUUGUCAUCAAUAUUCGAGUGAUGGAUGCAAAUGAUAACACUCCAACCUUCCCUGAAAUAUCUUAUGAUGUCUAUGUUUACACAGAUAUGAGCCCUGGGGACAGUGUCAUCCAGCUCACUGCAGUCGACGCCGACGAAGGGUCAAAUGGGGAGAUCACAUAUGAAAUCCUGGUUGGGGCUCAGGGCGACUUCAUCAUCAAUAAAACAACAGGGCUUAUCACCAUCGCUCCAGGGGUGGAAUUGAUAGUCGGGCGGACUUAUGCACUCACUGUCCAAGCAGCGGACAAUGCUCCUCCAGCAGAGAGAAGGCACUCCAUCUGCACUGUGUACAUUGAAGUUCUUCCUCCAAAUAAUCAGAGUCCUCCUCGCUUCCCACAGCUGAUGUACAGCCUUGAAAUUAGUGAAGCCAUGAGGAUUGGUGCUGUCUUAUUAAAUCUACAGGCGACUGAUAGAGAAGGAGACCCAAUAACAUAUGCCAUUGAAAAUGGAGAUCCUCAACGAGUUUUUAAUCUUUCAGAAACGACUGGGAUUCUGACGUUAGGAAAAGCGCUGGACAGGGAAAGCACUGAUCGCUACAUUCUGAUCGUCACGGCUUCAGAUGGCAGGCCAGAUGGGACUUCAACUGCCACAGUAAACGUGGUGGUGACAGAUGUUAAUGACAAUGCCCCAGUGUUCGAUCCCUAUCUGCCUAGAAAUCUGUCUGUGGUGGAAGAAGAAGCCAAUGCCUUUGUGGGUCAAGUAAGGGCAACAGACCCAGAUGCUGGAAUAAAUGGCCAAGUGCACUACAGUUUGGGCAACUUCAAUAAUCUUUUUCGCAUCACAUCAAAUGGGAGUAUUUACACAGCUGUAAAGCUAAACAGAGAAGUCAGGGAUUAUUACGAACUUGUUGUUGUGGCAACUGAUGGAGCAGUACACCCUCGUCAUUCAACUCUAACCCUGGCCAUCAAGGUUUUGGAUAUCGAUGAUAAUAGUCCUGUAUUCACCAAUUCAACAUACACUGUUGUUGUGGAAGAGAAUCUGCCAGCUGGUACAACAUUUCUUCAAAUACAGGCCAAAGAUGUUGACCUUGGAGCAAAUGUGUCUUAUCGGAUAAGAAGCCCAGAAGUGAAGCACUUUUUUGCACUACAUCCAUUUACAGGAGAACUAUCACUUUUACGGAGUUUGGAUUAUGAAGCAUUUCCAGACCAGGAAGCGACCAUCACUUUUCUGGUGGAGGCUUUUGAUAUUUAUGGAACAAUGCCACCUGGUAUUGCUACUGUCACAGUGGUAGUAAAGGACAUGAAUGAUUAUCCUCCUGUGUUUAGUAAGCGAAUCUACAAAGGCAUGGUGGCCCCAGAUGCGGUCAAGGGAACACCUAUCACAACGGUUUAUGCUGAAGACGCAGACCCUCCUGGAUUACCUGCAAGUCGAGUGAGGUAUAGAGUAGAUGAUGUCCAGUUCCCUUACCCGGCUAGUAUUUUUGACGUGGAAGAAAAUUCUGGAAGAGUAAUAACUCGAGUCAAUCUUAAUGAGGAACCAACCACAAUUUUUAAGUUGGUGGUUGUCGCAUUUGAUGAUGGUGAGCCUGUGAUGUCCAGCAGUGCCACAGUGAAAAUUCUUGUCUUACAUCCUGGAGAAAUCCCACGCUUCACACAAGAGGAAUAUAGACCUCCUCCAGUAAGUGAACUUGCAACCAGAGGCACCACGGUUGGUGUCAUUGCUGCUGCUGCCAUCAACCAGAGUAUUGUAUACUCCAUUGUUUCAGGAAAUGAGGAAGAUAAGUUUGGGAUUAAUAACAUCACAGGUGUUAUCUAUGUGAAUGCCCCUCUGGAUUAUGAGACAAGGACCAGCUAUGUACUUCGAGUUCAAGCUGAUUCCCUGGAAGUGGUCCUUGCAAACCUCAGAGUUCCUUCAAAAAGCAAUACAGCUAAAGUAUACAUUGAGAUUCAGGAUGAAAAUGAUCAUCCUCCAGUGUUUCAGAAGAAAUUCUACAUUGGAGGUGUAUCUGAAGACGCAAGAAUGUUUGCUUCUGUACUUAGAGUGAAGGCUACUGAUAAAGACACUGGCAAUUAUAGUGCUAUGGCAUAUAGACUCAUCAUACCACCAAUUAAAGAGGGGAAAGAAGGAUUUGUGGUGGAAACAUACACUGGGCUUAUCAAGACUGCGAUGCUUUUCCACAACAUGAGGAGGUCCUACUUCAAGUUUCAAGUUGUUGCAACUGACGACUAUGGGAAGGGACUGAGUGGCAAAGCAGAUGUCCUUGUCUCUGUGGUCAAUCAAUUGGACAUGCAAGUCAUCGUUUCUAAUGUUCCCCCUACUCUAGUGGAAAAAAAGAUAGAAGAUCUUACAGAAAUUUUGGAUCGCUACGUGCAGGAGCAAAUUCCUGGUGCCAAGGUUGUGGUAGAGUCCAUUGGUGCUCGACGGCAUGGAGACGCAUUUUCUCUAGAAGAUUAUACCAAGUGCGACUUGACUGUCUAUGCAAUCGACCCGCAAACCAAUAGAGCGAUUGACAGAAAUGAGCUAUUCAAAUUUUUGGAUGGCAAACUGCUGGAUAUCAAUAAAGAUUUUCAGCCAUUUUAUGGGGAAGGAGGACGCAUUCUGGAGAUCCGGACUCCAGAGGCAGUGACCAGCAUUAAAAAGCGAGGAGAAAGUCUAGGAUACACAGAAGGGGCCUUACUGGCUCUGGCCUUCAUCAUCAUCCUCUGCUGUAUUCCUGCCAUCCUGGUGGUCUUGGUCAGCUACCGACAGUUUAAAGUACGCCAAGCUGAGUGCACCAAGACAGCACGAAUUCAAUCUGCUCUACCCGCGGCUAAACCGGCAGCGCCCGCCCCCGCCCCAGUGGCAGCGCCCCCGCCGCCGCCCCCACCACCAGGCGCGCACCUCUAUGAAGAACUUGGAGACAGCACAAUGCAUAAUCUUUUCCUUCUCUACCAUUUUCAACAAAGCAGGGGAAAUAACUCAGUCUCAGAAGACAGGAGACCUCACCAAGUUGUGAUGCCCAUUGCUUCCAAUACUGUUGAGGCUCAAAGGACACCUCAUAUAGAUGGAUCGCUUGAGAACAGCCAGCAGGAGUCUACAAGGAAAUUCUCAUGUCUAUCUCAUGAAGACAGCUUAAGCACCCAUAAUUCUCUUUAUAAGGAAAACAUAGGUCAAAGACCAACAAAUUCCAACUUUUCCAUGAGAACAGAAGUGGUAAACCCAUUUUUACCCAGAACCUGUGUCAAGAGUCAGUCUCUGAGGGGUCCUCGAGAAAAAAUUAAGAGGAUGUGGAAGCAGCCAGUCAGCUUACCUAGGAGACUGAUGGGGAAGGUUCCAAAGAGACCAGAAACCAUUGAUCUAGUGCAGUGGCCAAACACAGCACAGAAUGCUGAAAAUAAAAGCACUGGAACUUAUCCAAACCGAAGAAGUAGCAGUAGUUCAUCUCUUACAACUGAAUACGCAGAUCUGACCGAGAAAGAAGAAAUACGGGAUGGUGAGACACUGAUUCCAAGAGAAACACAACAGUUGAAAUCUGUAUCUUCAACCUCUUCAUUUUCCUCUCUUUGGCCUCACUUCUCAUUCUCCACUUUGCCAACUGUUUCGAGAACGGUGGAAUUCAAAACAGAACCUACUGUUACUGCUUCUCCUGAUGACUGUUCCUUGGAACUUUCUCCUCUAAGGACUAGCACUUUAAAGGCUCCAGUGUAUGGGAAGGAGACACCCACUUGUAUGGUAGCUGUUGAAACUAAAAGGCGUGAUUUCGAAAAUCCUUCCCACUCACCAUAUGUUUCCUCUUGUGCCCACCUCUCUCUUCCUCCUCUUCCUCCACUUGUCCUUACUCGUUUUCCUCUUCCUCCUUCUAUCCCUCCCCCUCUCCCUCCACUUCUCCCCCUUUCUGUUCCUUCAUCUACGCCCCCUUCUUCUCCUCCACUACCGCCGCCUCUUCCAUGCCCACCUCCUUCUGCAGUUUCAGGACUGUCCACAGAGUGCGUUUGCAUACCACCUGAUGAAUGUACUACCAGUAUGACACCUGCCAAGGAAAGUAAAUUCUCUGUGACACAGCUACAAACACCAACAGUGGGUAAUACAGACCCUCAGAAAGAACCAAAAGGCAUCCUCAAACAUAUUAAAAACUUAGCAGAACUUGAAAAAUCAGUAGCUAACAUGUACAGUCAAAUAGAAAAAAACUAUCCUCCCACAAACGUUUCAAAACUUCAAACGAUUUGCCCUUCAGAGAUAACACAUAUGGAAAACACCCGUGAACAAAACCAGGAAAAUUUGAAUGAUGUUGUUGAGGGAAUUGAAAAACAAUCUCACAGUCAAUCUACUUCACUAUAA